AUGUACCGUGUCUAUGACUGCAAAGAGCAUAACUAUACGAAUGACAGAACUCAAGCCAUUCCUACUAUAAAGAAAUUGUCGCCUCAAAAGCAGAUUCAUAUCGCAAUCGGAGAUGAUUUGUCACAAAUGGUGAUCUUAUGGAGUGAGAAAAGACAAACCAAUAAGACUGCAGUCACUUAUGGCUUAUAUAAUGGAGACUACAACCACAUCCAGACCGGCUAUUCCGAGCUUUUGAAAAAUGAUAAUAAGGAAGUGAACUCAGAAAUAGCCGAUGCGUUGGCCAUUGACUACGGACUGAAGCAUUUCGAGACGAGUGCUAAAGAGAAUAUAAACCUCGAAAAGGCUUUCUUUCAGAUUUCUAAAGACAUCUAUAAUGAGAAAUGUUUGAGAGGUGAGGAAAAUGGUGUUACAUUACCACAAGCCGAAGUGAAAAAAGGCAAGACCUACCGGUGCUGUCAAUUAUUCUUUGUGUUGUAUUGA